AAGCCACCGUUUCCCUGGCGGGCGGCGCUUACUUCGAUUCCGUUGUGGGCCACAUUCAUCGCUCACUGGGCCGGAGAUUGGGCCGCCUAUGCGAUGCUUACGUCGAUGCCCACGUUCAUGAAUGACGUUUUGAAAAUCAGCCAGUCCUCGCUUGGAUUAUUGAGCUCCUUACCAUACGUGGCCUACUUCUGUGGUACCAACAUAAGCGGCUUCCUCGCAGACUUUCUUCAGUCUCGAAAGUACCUCGAAGCUGCGAUGACGCGGAAGUUAAUGACAGCGAUUGCUUAUGGUGGCCAAGGAACGUUUCUGGUGGCGGCUGGCUUAUGCAGCGAGGGCCAAGUGACGUUGGUGACCACGUUCCUCACGCUGGGAAUGGGCCUCAGUGGAUUUCAGUAUUCGGGUGUUUUGAUCAAUUACAUGGACAUUGCCCCCCAGUUUUCGGGCACCUUGUUCGGCAUUGGAAACACCAUGAGCUCCAUGGCUGGCAUUUUGGCUCCGGCUGUCAUGGGAGCGAUGACUCCUAACGGAACUAAAGAAGAGUGGCUGCUUUUCUUCAACCUGACUGACAGGAUUUUGACUGUCAGUUUUGUUUUGUUCUUGAUCUUUGGAAAAGGUGAAGUGCUGCCAUGGGCACGUGACUGUGCUAAACAGCAGAAGGAAAAUUCCAAGGUCCACGACUAUUCACUGAAAACUUUGAAAGACGGUGCCGUUUUCAAGGGAACGCAGAGCGAAACGGCGGAGGCAUAA